GCGAUAUCACAUCAGUCAGUAUUCACAGCUUUUUCUUGUUUGUCAUCGCGAAAACUGUGAUUGCUCACCUGGACAUUGCAUUUGCGAGGCAACCCAAACAGUAGAAGUAUUUGUUCCCUCUGAACCUGUAGGAUGAACUGAGACUUGUAAGAAGAGAUUCUGCCAGUUGAUUUACGGGGCCUUUUUCGUCACCGGACAAAGUGGUCCCGCCAUGCUGCCGCCCCGCUCCCUGAAUUGGCCAGAGCUCUAUGAUCAGCGGCCAGAGAUCUACCGCCUGCUCGCAGAGCUUCCGAACGACUCCCGUUACCAGGCUUGGACGGAGUUUGCGUGGACACUCACCUCCGAAGCUGCCAGAGAUCGGCCGCCUAGGAGUCUGGGCCUCUUGGUCGAAGCGCCGGCCCAUAUCGAGCCAUUACGCGUCCUUGAGGUGUGCAGUGACUCCAGGGCCAGUGAGAAGAAUGCGGAGCAUUACUCCUUAGGCUUGAGUGUUGAGCAUGGAAAGUGGUGUUUGAAGCCGGGCGAUUGGAUCGUGGCCGUCAACCGAAAGACCGACAGGAAGACAAUGACUCAGGUCUUACAGGGCCAUGGACAGCUGAGAGUGGCGGUGGUCCGCUUCCUGACGCGCGAGGACCUUCAGUCCGCUGCUGACAGUGCGGUUGACUCAACAGCAGCGCCAGAGGAGCCGACGCCAACGAGCAGAGAGGAUGGUCCACUAAGCCCGCCAGAGCCACAGGCACCGCAGGCAGGCAAUUCCAAUGUGCCGUAUGCUGAGAUGAGGGUCAUUGAGGAUUACGAUGCUGGCCAGGAACCAAUCCAGGGCUACUUACAGCUUCGCCGCGGGGACUUGAUCCACAUCCAAACAGGCACGAAUCAGCCCGCAGAGGAAUCGAAUAGCCGGCGAUGUGAGUAUGUUUGGGGCUGGCCAAACCACUUGGAGCACAACAACGAGAACGGUGGCUGGCUGCCUGUCGAAUGCAUCAGCAUUCCAUAGGGCCGUGUGCCCAACCACGCGAUGCGUGGUGCGUGAGAGUGAAGGCACGCAAAAGUCCACCGAGAUGAACC